AUGUCGAUGUCUAUGAGCAAUAUUUUGACUGUCCGUAGUCAAGAUGGUAGAAUUUAUGACUUGAUUCAGGUAACUGGAGGCUCCAGUGGAAUUGGAAAAUGUAUUGCUAUUGAAUGUUACAAGCAAGGUGCUUUCAUAACACUGAUUGCAAGGGAUGAGAACAAGCUGUUGCAGACAAAGAAGGAAAUAGAAAAGUACUCUGUUAAUGACAAGCAGGUUGUACUAUGUAUUUCUGUUGAUGUAUCCAAAGACUACGAACAGGUGGAGAAUGUUCUAAAACAGGCUCAGGAGAAGCUGGGGCCAGUUGACAUGCUUGUGAACUGUGCAGGAACAUCAGUUACAGGAAAAUUUGAGGAUAUUGAAGUGAAUUCUUUUGAAAGAUUAAUGGCAGUCAAUUAUCUGGGUAGUGUUUACCCGAGUCGAGCAGUAAUUGCUACCAUGAAGGAACGAAGAAUGGGAAGGAUUGUGUUUGUAUCAUCUCAGGCUGGGCAGUUAGGCCUAUUUGGUUAUACAGCUUAUUCUCCAACGAAGUUUGCUCUUCGAGGGUUGGCUGAAGCCCUGCAAAUGGAGGUAAAACCAUAUAAUAUCUACGUAACGGUGGCCUAUCCUCCAGAUACUGACACACCUGGCUUUGCAGAAGAAAGUAAA